UCUCUUCCCAUCCUUCUUUCUUUAUCUCUCUCUCUCUCUCUCUGGAAAUUUGUAAACAACUCAAUAUCGCACGAAGCCAGAGCUGCCAAUUAGUUUUUUUCUCCAGCCAGAUUGGCAUCGCCGUUUUCUUGCAUUUGUGAAAUUUACCAACUAAAAGUAUCCACAACUUUUCCCUCAAUUUCAGCGUAAUAUGUUCGAGGACUAGACAUAUAAGUGGAAAACGAAAGCUAAGAACAUGAUAAACGGCUUGAGCAUUGGCGGUGGUCAGCAGGUGGCGCAGGUGACGCCAGCAGGUGCUGCAAUAAAAUUGCACUUUGCCUACAACAACAACACAAGCAACAAAAAUAACAACAACUACAGUGGCCUUAAAACAGUAGAGCAAAAAAUGAACAACAACAGCAUGACGAGCGGGGUGAUGAAAGUGAUUGAGAAAAUCCGGGAAACAAGUGGAGCAUGUGCAGCAACAGGUGGCGUUCAGAAAUCGAGCAGCAUUAUGGGACUUUCUCCUGCAGAAGAAUCCUUUGCAGGUCUGGAAACCCCAAGGGCAACUAGUUUAAUCCACGAAUCCGGCGGGUCUACGGAAUUUCCAGUGUCCACGGAAAUUUCACCAGGAUCCGUAAAAGCAAGCGAUGCAAAGGCAUCUAUGGUUGGCCAAGGAUCAGGCGGUUUCAUUGACCCUGCAACCCUCCGAGGACUUGCUCCUGUCAUAGGAGUAGGAACACUAAGAGCAGCUAGACAAGGAUCUGGCCGUUUUCUGGAAUACCAAGCAGUGGCUACCGGAUCAGCAACUAGUAUUUCUCAAAUUUGUAAAAAUUCAACUCCUGCGUCUCCCUCGCGGGGAGUUUCACUUGGUUGUGGGGCUCUAAGACCAUUCUACAAAGAUGUAGAGCGUAUUCGCACCCCGAUUGGAGCAAUAGUUUCAAUUCCAAACGGAAUGGCUGCGGUCAAUAGGGUUUCCCAAACAGGAGUAAGCAGUCUUCGCUGGCUGCCCAUGCCCGCCACCAAAGAGAAAACAUCAAAUGGAGAAGAAGCCUAUACAAAAGCUGCGUCUAGCAGAGCGGAAGCACAUGGAUCACUCGAAGAGACAGCCAAACGUGCCUUAGCUAGCCCUCAGCCGCAACGUACCGAGGACCAAGAAAAUGCCUUUCGACGCAUCGAGGAUGUGCACAACUAUGCCAAGCUGCAGGACUAUAGCAGCGACACCGAGGACGAAGACGAGGAUGAGGAAGAAGAGCUCGACGAGGAGGACGAAGACGACGAGGAAGAGGCGCGCAUCCAGGUGCAGUUGCCGUUGCAGCAGGAGGUCACGCGCAUUCGUCGCGAGGCCGCCGAAGAGCACGCAGACGUGGAUGUGGUCACAGUGCCGCUUCAGAAGCACGAACAGGAUCGCCAUUUGGUAGAGCAGCAGCCGCGGCCGCUGCAGCAGGAUCAGCCUGUAGAUACCAUUCGACCAGAGCACCAUGCUCGCCGGCCCAUGAAUGCGUUUCUCAUCUUCUGCAAGCGACACCGCGGCAUCGUCAAGGAGCGCUACAAGACUCUUGAGAACCGUGCUAUCACCAAGAUACUUGGUGACUGGUGGGCCGCACUCGACGAGCAGGAGAAGCAUUGCUUUACGGAUCUGGCACAGCAGAACAAGGACGCUUUCUUCAAUGCGAACCCCAACUUCAAGUGGUACAAACUGCCGGCUCCGCCGCUGCGCACGCUGGCCACCCGUCCCAGCAACGCGGCUGGUGGACUUUUUGUCCCCAGCGAGGAUCAGUCGCUGCAACAGCAGCAGGUGCCGACUCCAGUACAACUGCAGUGGGCGGAUCGGGGCGACAUGCCGCGAGCUCUGCUGCGCCGCAACUACUUCAAGCUGGCGGAUGAAACGCAGAUGGGCGAGUUAAGCUCGCUAUUGCAAGUCCAAGUGCAGGAGAAAGACUACGCCCUGCAGCAGGUGCUCAGCGAGACCAGCCAGUUUUUAUCCGCCCACAUGCCAGGUGCCAAUUCGAAUUCGAAUGGGAAUGGCCACAAGCGCUCUUUGCUGGACAGCAACUCGAGCCACUCCAGCGAAGAGGAGGCGGUCACCAAUGGGUCACCCUGCAAGAAGGCCAAAUCCGUGCGCUCCUGCAAGGGCAAGAUUUAUCAGGAGCUGGUCAACUCCGGUCAACUUGCGGCCAUAUCCAAAAAAAGCAAGGCUCGCUCGCCGCCGGCAGCAAACCUGGGUGGAAAUUUUGUGGACAUCCCCGUGGAUGCGGUGCCGAAUACCCCACCCGUUUCGCCCCCGGAACACCAAGACAGCAGUCCGGAUUCCAUGCAAAAGCAUCCGAGGAGCGCGUCUGAGUCCAGCAGCAGUGGCUUCUUCGACCUAGAGGAGAAGAUUAAGGAGCUGCCAGCCCUCAGCUUGGAUGCUUACUUGCAGCGCAAGCGCAGCACAAAAAAGAAGAGGAAAUUCAGCGGCAGCAAGAAGCAGAGAAAUUCGAACAGCUUCAGUGGCGGAUCGAUGGCCUCUAAUACAGGAGCAGCGGCUACCGCGUCCAAAGGAGCAGUCAUUGCAGCCAGCGAGAACCUGGUGAAGAUUAAGCAGCAGCAGCAGCAACUGCAGGCCGUGGGCAGCCAGCGGCGCAAGGCGCGCAAGGAGAGCAUCACGCGGCGUGAUGUCAGUGCCAUCGAGCAGGAGGUGGCCUCCAUCCUGCCGCUGACCAUCAACGGAAGUUACUACUUCAAUCAGAGUGGUGCUCCCAAGGCCGUGAGUGCCUCGGCCACCUCGUCGUCGACCUCGCCACCACUGUCCUCGAACUCCUCGUCGUCGUCCUCGUCGCUUUCCUCGCAAGCGGCCUUCGACGUGACCUCCUCUACCUCAGAUCUACUCAUUCUGGCCGAAGUGGCCGCCAACCGCACUGAGCUGACCAAGUCCAACUAGCGCCAGCAGCACCACUAACACCACCAGCACCAUUGGCUGUUCAGCAUUACCACCAAAUAGUUAGCCCAAAACCGAAAACCAAACCGCAAGCUGUACGACAGUCUUCGCAACGUUAAAUUUUGUUCUGACGAAAUAUUCAAAAUAUUGUCUUACCAAGAAGCAUGGUCUUUAAAGGAGGAAAAAGAUGCAUAGAGUAAAAGUUAUCAUGUAAACAUUUUUAACAGGGAAGAAUGGAAAUGCAAUUUAUAAUUCAAUUUUUUUAAUUGAUAUUUCUGAAGCAGAAAUAUUCUAAAUAUUUCAUUUCUAACCCUUCAAAACUCUUAACAUUUUUUUCAAGAAAAGGCAAAAUUACCCAUUCGAUACUUACAAUGCAUUGAGCUAUUGGCUGGUGGUGCUAAAUGGAGAUGGAGAAACAGACAUUCGUUGAUCUACAAUUUAGUUAAUAAUAUUAUUUAAAAACAGAAAAGCGAUCCAGAAGAAGGGAUUUAUGUAUUGUUUGUUAUGAUGGCGGCAUACGACUAACCGCAUCAGUUUCACGCGCAUGUAUCUUUAUAUUUUGUAUUUAGAUAACUUGUUCUGUUUUUUUCUUGUUAAGUUUCACCUUUUAUUGGGCCGCGUUCGUAUAAGCAGCAACAGCCGAACGCUCAUUAAAUGUUAAUAUUAUUUCUAAUAUGUAGUCAUAAUUUAUUGCUAUAUUUGUCAAAACGCAAACAAUUUGCAAACAAAAAUAUAUUCAUUUUAAAGUGGA